AUGUACGGAUCGUACCAGCAACUCGGUCGACUCUCGGAGGAUGAAGUCCUUGAGGGAAUGCUCGAGCGGCGCCAGCGAUUCGCUAAACUUGAUCACACUCGAGGAUAUCAACACUCCUUCCGGAGUAAAUCGAAAUGGGAGCUUGUGCGCUUGUCUCUGCUGAUAGUUGGAAUCGAGUGUACGUACGCCACGGAGACGGCUUUGGUGGCUCCGAUUCUGCUCGGUAUAGGACUCUCGCAUACGAUCAUGACGAUGAUCUGGGCGAUGCCGUCUUUGGCCGGGUUGCUUUUCGCUCCAGUGAUCGCUUCCAUCAGCGAUCGGCUUCGAUCACGGUGGGGUCGUCGACGACCUGUCAUGUUGGCACUGGGCGUGACGAUGCUCACGGGGAUGCUACUUCUCCCGAAUGGAACAGCCGUUGGUGAGCGAUUGGGUCUCUCCAGCGUAGGAUGGUUAGCAACGAUCACCACCGUGGGGCUGGUCAUGACGGACUUCUCUGCGGAAACCAGCAACGGUCUCUGCCGGACGUACGCCAUGGAGGUGUGCACUGUGCGCGAUCAGACACGUGUCCUCAGCAUUAUGGUGUUGACGGGUGGAAUCGGGGCCACGAUGGGUGCGUUGUUUGGAGCCAUCGACUGGAAUCAACUCGGUAUCGGGCGAUAUCUGGGUGGAAACGACCCGUCAGUGUUUGCCGCCAACUGGAUCGUGCUGUUCGUGGGACUGUUAGUGACACUGACGAGUUUCUCGGAGAUUCCACUACCGGUGCAGGAGUCUGAACCGAUGCUACGACCUGUUACGCAGAAAAUGCUACUCGAUGAGGUGAAGCGCGUGAAUGGAGACGGCCCGGUGGCGAUCGAGGACGAACCUCUGGAUGAGGUCGGUUUCAAGCAGUUCCUGCUCAAUGUCCUCCGAAUGCCGCGAUCAAUGAAGAUCCUCUGCCUUACUCAGCUGCUCAGUCACAUGGGCUAUCUGACGUUCUGUCUGUACUACACCGAUUUUGUUGGCGCAAUUGUGUACGAAGGAGACGUUUGGGCUCACACCGGUUCGCCGGCUCUAGAACGGUACAAUGCGGGUGUUCGGUUCGCUUGCCUAGGACUGGCGCUGUGUUCCAUGACUGCUUCCAUCCACUCCGUGUUUAUUGAAAAGCUUAUAGCUCGAUUCGGAGCUCGGCCGGUUUACGUUGGUGGUUUGCUAGCGCAUAGCUGUGGCUUGCUUGCGAUGGGUCUGGUACCACACAAAGUGGUCGUCUGCUUGUGCUGUGCCACGGUUGGAGUCAUGUACGCAACCAUCUACUCUAUUCCGUUCCUUUUGAUCUCCCAUUAUCAUUCUAAAAACUGUUUUUCUGAAGUCAACGGUCAGUAUGUAGAAAACAUCGCGCAGCGAGGUUUCGGAGUGGAUGUUUCAAUGAUGAGCAGCAUGCUGUGUUUGGCGCAGCUGAUCGUUUCUUUAGCCAUUGGUGCAGUUGUGGAUGCUGUUGGGUCAACUAUUAUCAUUACUUUCAUUUCAUCCGCGUUCAUGCUAUGUGCUGCUUGUUCAGCUAUGGCAGUGCUCUACAUGGGGUUGUAA